AAAUAUACAGGAAAUAUAGUAUUUUAAGGAUUAAAAUUCAGAAAAACGAUUAGUGUGUGUGUAUAAUAACUAUUGUGUGACUGUGAAAUAGUGCAAUAAAAUGAGUUCUUCAACACGUAAAAAAGAUGACAUUUUUCUUCUUGGAUGCCGGGACCUUGAGCCAUUACUAAGGCUAAACCAACUACCAACUCUUCGCCAAGUUCUAUUACGUUAUCAUCAGAUAUUAAAUAUAUCAAAAAAUGUAAAAGAUUCUGCACAAGUAGUCAUUCAAGAAGUAAUAGAGCUAUGGAACAAAUCUGGUAUUCUUACAAAACAACAAAAUCACUGCAAUGAAAAACUUAUCAAAAUUCAUAAAAACUGGCUGCUUUUAAAGAAAAACAAAACAAGAGUUUCAGAAGCUCAGAAAAAGAGGGAGAAUACGUUCAUAGCAGAUCUAGACAAAUUAUUUGAUAUUGCCCAUUCAAGCGCUUUAAAUUCAAUAAAAAUUGCGGAAGACAGAGAUUUUCUUAUAGAUCAAAGAGGUGAGCGCAAAAUGAUCAUGACUUCACUUGACAAGAAGAUGGCAAAACGCAAAGAACGUUCUUUAAAACGAAAAUAUAGAGCGGAAGAAUUAAAGAAAAAGGCAGAAAAUAAUAGUGCAUCUUUGGUGGUAUCGAGUCAAGAAAUAUCACUGGAUUCCAGCUUUAGUAGUACUUCUAGUGCCGCAAGCCUUGCUAACAAACAGAAAGAUGAGGAGUUUGUUGCGGUUUUACAAAAAAAGGCACACAGUGUCACGAGUGCUAGUGACAGUAGCCAGCCAUCAACAUCAACUAGUAGUAUUUUUACAAAACAUGUGACGGGCGCUCUUGACCGCAACAAGAUAACCGAUCGAGAGGCAAUGCGACUUAUUAUUCCGUUGUCUGCCGCACUUGGCUGCAAUCCUGCUUCACUCUCAAUUUCACGAAGCACAAUUCGACGAGCCAGGAAAAAAGCUAGGCAAGAAUUCAAUGAAAACUUGAAUGAAACGUUCAAGCCGUCUUAUCCAUUAGUAAUACAUUGGGAUGGUAAGAUACUGCCUGAUAUAACGGGCAAUAAGAAAGUAGAUCGCCUACCGAUUCUUAUUUCUGGAAAUGAUACUGAAAAAUUGUUAUGUGUACCUAAACUUAUUGCUGGAACGGGAGAAAGUAUGUCUGCUGCUGUUUAUGAUGCAAUGGAACAAUGGAAUAUCACGAAUCAAGUACAAGCUAUGAGUUUUGAUACUACAGCCUCUAACACCGGGGCCAAAAAUGGUGCAUGUGCUCUUCUAGAGGCAAAGAUAGGGCGUGAACUUUUAUGGCUUGCAUGUCGUCAAAAAAUCAUUUCUACCGAGACAUCCAAAAAAGACUUAACUAACAUAGUUUUAGGUUAAGAAAAAAGUUCUUUACUGCACGUAAUUGCUUUAUUACCUGAUUUGUUUCUUAAGAUUUUCAAUAUACAAACAUUAUUUUUUAAUAAAAACCAGUUAAUAAGGAGCACACUAAAAUUUUUCAUUUAACAAACUGGCUUUCCCAUGUCAAUGCUUUUUUCAUAAAAUUGGUAAACUUCAAAGUCAAUGAGCACCCACUUUAACUUUAGAUAGGAGUCUGAAAUUUAAAAUAGAUAAUAGUACAGAUAUGUGUAACAAA